GGAAGCCAUUAGCCAUACACAUAAGAAAUGGGUGGCUCAGAGUGUGCAGAACACAUAGUGAUGCUGCCGUUCAUGGCACAUGGCCAUAUGAUUCCAUUCUUGGGUUUAGCUAAGAAAAUCAAACAAACAACUGGCUUCAAACUCACCAUCGUUACCACUCCUCUCAACGUCCAAUAUCUCACCUCCUACAUUGAUGAUCCAGAAAUCCGAUUGGUGGCGCUGCCGUUCAACGGCGCCGACCAUGGCUUACCGCCCGGCGCAGAGAACACAGAGGGCUUGCCCUUGCACCAAAUGAUCAAUAUCGUGCGAUCCACGGUAGCCCUCAAGGAACCUUUUCGCAACUUCAUCUCCGAUAUUUCCGCUAAAGAUGGAAAGCCUCCUCUCUGCAUAAUCUCCGACGUGUUCAUUGGAUGGGUGCGCGAAGUGGCCAGGUCUUGCGGGACGGUGAAUGUAGGGUUCUCAACUGCCGGAGCCUACGGCACCACGUGCUUUAUGUCCAUCUGGCGAGAUCUCCCGCAUCUCGCCGCCGGCGACGACGACGGCGAGUUUACCAUGCCGGCGUUUCCCGAUUCCUGUCGAUUUAACGUCUCUCGCCUCCACGCUUUCAUGAGAGCUGCAAAUGGCGAAGAUUCCUGGUCGAAGGUGUUUGGGUCUAUUGUAGCGGGUAGCUUAGAGAGUACUGGAUGGUUAUGUAAUACAGUGAAGGAAAUUGAGCCUCUAGGCUCAGAUGCACUGGGGAAGUUUACUAAACUUCCGGUUUGGUGCAUCGGCCCUUUUCUCCCUCCGGCGAUGAUUAACAAGGGUUCGCGUAUCAUUGGGAGACGUUCGGGGAAAGAUCACGGAUUGUCCCCGGAGAAGUGCAUAGAAUGGCUAGACAUGCAUUCUGAAGGCUCUGUUCUCUACAUUUCGUUUGGUUCCCAAAACACUAUCAGUGCUUCACAGAUGAUGGCACUGGCUUUGGGUUUGGAAGAUAGUGGAAAGCCAUUCAUUUGGGUGAUCAGGCCACCUAUAGGAUUUGACAUAAAAGGGGAAUUCAAAUCAGAAUGGUUGCCAGAAGGGUUUACAGAGAGAAUGGCAGGGAAAAAGCAGGGACUUCUAAUCCAUUCUUGGGCACCUCAACUGGAGAUUCUUUGCCACAAAUCAACAGGAGCAUUCUUGAGCCACUGUGGAUGGAAUUCCACCAUUGAAAGUUUGAGCCAAGGAGUGCCCAUCAUUGGGUGGCCAAUGGCGGGCGAACAGGCCUUUAAUUCAAAGAUGAUGAUGGAGGAAAUGGGGGUGUGCAUAGAGCUAGCAAAGGGGGUUCAAAGCACCAUCCUGAGAAGUGAUGUGAAGAGGGUGAUAGAUGUAUUGGAUAGCAACAAAGGAAUAGAAAUGAAGGAAAACGCAGUUCGGAUUGGGGAGUUGAUUAGAGCCGCUGCGAGAGAAGACGAAACCAGUAAAGGGUCUUCCCUACAAGCAAUGGAUGAUUUCAUAUCUACACUGCUCUCCAAAAGAAUUGAAGCCUAACCUGCAGAUAUGGCUGAAGUUUCAUGUAAGAUGUGUAUCAAAAGAACUGAAAUAAACUUAGAAAACCCAAAUUUAUUCUGGAAAACUGAAGUGGAUCAUUGCACAACUAUCCAAAAUGUAAAACGUCUUUAUAUUACACUUCUCAUCAAGUAUAUUAAUGUUAAUACUCCACAUAUAUUACACACAACUAAGAUGCAGUCUGUUGUUUACACAGGGAGAAUAAUAGAGAAGAUAACAUGGAUAGUUGGAAAUACAUGAUUAUAUGCCCUUUGAAAAAUUACCGCACAUCUUUUACAUGCUACUCAUAGUUGUUUCCUUUGUUCUACACAGUAUCAUGAUGUAUAUCAAGCAUUUCCAGAAGGCUCUGUUGAUUCAGAGCCAUAAUUCCAGAGCUUUUUCAAUUCGCCUCUAAUCAAACCCAGCGUGAUACAAGUUCCUAGAAUCAAACGGGGUGACAAAAUGUUAAAGAGCACUCUCAAAUUGGUGUGAAUUUAGAAUCAAAUACUCUGGAUAAGUUCAGGGGUGCACGGAAGUAUCAUACCUAAUGUGCAAGGUACAAGGUAGAGGAGAGCAGGUUGACCGUGUCCAUUCAUUAGAUACAACCCCAAGUAAGUAAAGCAGAGGCCUGCAAAAAUCCAUUAUUGGUUUGAUUAAGGAACUGAAUGAGGUUCCAUACAGAAGGUUCAAACAUACGAGACAGUUGAAUACUGAAGGAAAAGAAAACGCACCAACUCCAUAGCCAACCAUUAACCAAGGAAAGUAUCCAUUCAGUACACCCUUUUGGUUAGCUUGGUCAAAUCUGCAAAAUAUUUGGUGAAGAAAAGGCAGUGACAAAAUUGCCUUCAGAGACAAACAUAUUUGAAUACACAUCUCUGUGUUUGUGUGCGCGCUUAAUAUGGAAGUACUAGAAAGUUAUGAAUGCCAAUAAUCUUAUGUAUCCAUACAUCUUGCCACAAAUAAAAUACUCUGUAAUAAACUAUGAAAA